AUGGCGUCGGAUAAUAACAAUUGGAUUGCUGAAACUGUUGGCGAUUUUAUUCAUUCAUCAGUUUGGGCAGCUCCUAUUUAUACAUUUAUUGAAGCAAAUUGUGCUGCUUUUGAUUAUGAUGAUGAAACUACAGAGGAAGAUGAUACAACAUUAUCAUCAUCUGUGGAAGAACAAAUGAAUAUUCAUCAACAAUAUCAACGUCUUGUUGAUGCAUUAAUUGAAGGUCUUGGUAAAGAUCUUGAUUUAGAUCAAGAUGAAUUAAAAAAAGUUUGUCAAUUGCCAACAUCUGGCGAUGGAGCUGGUAUAAUUGAUGAACCAUAUGAACAAUUAUAUGCAGCAAGAGAUUUUCAAUUAUUUCAAGAAAUGAUGAGAAGAAAAAAUUUAAUUCUUCAAUUACAAGCACUUGUUACAUUACAAUUACAAUGGGGUUUAUUAAAACAUAGUGAAACUGGUGAUGAUCUUGUUCUUUCACUUUUAUUACAAGCUACAUCAUCACCAACACAACAAGGAUUAGGUCAUCUAUCAUCAGAAACUAUGGAAAAACCACAAUUACAAGACAAUGAAGAAAAACAUCAUCGACAUGAUGUUGUUGAUGAAGACGAUGAUGAUGAUGAUGAUGAUGUUGUUGUUGUAAAACAAAAACAACCAUCACCAUCACGUAAGAAAAGAGAACCAAACGAACCAAAAAAACCAUCUAAAGAAGAAUAUCGUUUGCCUGAUGUUCGAGUUAAAGGUGGACCAGAACUUGAUGCUAAAUGGUAUAGAGAUCUUCAACAAAGAACUCAAAAGAGAGAUGACAAUGAUGAAACAAAAGAAAAUAAUCAAACGAAAAAAACAUCUACACCUCAAACCAUUGGAGCUAUUCCUGAAGAAGUACUUCGUGACAAAUUACGUGAAUUAACUGUUCGUACAACAUCAUCAGUCGAUAAUGAAACAGCAACUGCUAUAGAAUCACGUAAGAAUUUUCUUCAACAACAACGUAAUUUAAUUGUAAAUAAACAACGUGUUGAACGUACACGAGAUUUGGAACAACAAACACCCAAUCCUCGGCCACAGUCAGCUGCACAUGUAGCACGUAAAGCUAUAGCUACGACUACUAAAGCAGAUGAAAAUAAAUCAGAACAACAACAACAACAACCUACGCAAAUACCUGAAGAUGAAUUAAUCAAACGACGAGCUAUGGCUGCUAAACUUAAACGUGAAGUUGUAGACAAACGAUGA